UGAAACUGGAUAUUGCUUACGUCGCAUUGACAUACUGAUUGCCUGGUUGGAUAUCGGCUUUAAUAUUUAAUUCUGCACAAGAUAAAUCACCAGGAUACUAUGGUACACUUGGGAGAAUGUAAAUGGACUCACAUGUUCCCUUUUCUCAUGGUAUCACUUGUGUACUCUGCUAAUGCUGAAUAUUCUAACUGUGGUGAAAAUGAAUACUACAACCAGACAACUGGAACAUGCCAUGAAUGUCCACAGUGUGAGCCGGGAGAAGAACCCUAUAUGUCAUGUGGAUAUGGCACCAGAGACGAAGAUUAUGGCUGCGUCCCUUGCCCAUCUGAAAAAUUUUCCAAAGGCGGGUACCAGAUAUGUAGGCGGCACAAGGACUGUGAGGGGUUCUUCAGGGCAACUGUUAUGACCCCUGGAGAUCAAGAGAAUGAUGCAGAAUGUGGGCCUUGUCUUCCUGGUUAUUACAUGCUGGAAAACAGGCCAAGGAACAUCUAUGGCAUGGUUUGCUACUCAUGCUCACUGGCGCCUCCCAACACAAAAGAAUGUACAGGUGUUACUUCUGGGGUGUCAGUCAAUUUCCCAAGUACUUCUGGAACAAGCACUCGUUCGCCUUUCCAGCAUGUGCACAAAGGAGAUCUUUCUGGACAAGGACAUCUUGCUACUGCUCUUAUCAUUGCUAUGUCUACAAUUUUCAUCAUGGCUAUUGCUAUUGUCCUGAUCAUCAUGUUUUACAUUGUGAAAACCAGAACUUCAGCUCAAGCUUGCUGCACCAGCCAUUCAGUGAAGACUGUGGAAGCCCAGGCCAAUAUGCAGGAAGAAAAAAAAGAAGUGCAAGAAAAUGUUGUGAUUUUCUCAGAGAAAGAUGAGUUUGGAAAGCUGACAGCAACACCAGCUAAGGUUGUCAAAAGUGAAAACGAUGGAUCUUCAGAAAAUGAGCGGCUUUUAAGUCGUAGCAUGGACAGCGAUGAAGAAGCUGCGAUUGACAAGCAAGGCACUCCAGAGCUGUGCUUGUUAUCUCUAGUACAUUUGGCUAGGGAUAAAUCUUACACAAGCAAUAAAUCAACCGGCAUUCAAAGCCGGAGGAAAAAGAUUCUGGAUUUGUAUACUAACGUAUGCAGUGUUGCAGAAGGUCUCAGUCCCACAGAGCUUCCGUUUGACUGCCUAGAGAAGACCAGCAGGAUGCUCAGCUCUACUUAUAACACAGAGAAGGCCAUUGUGAAGACAUGGCGUCACCUUGCCGAGAGCUUUGGACUGAAGCGUGAUGAAAUCGGAGGCAUGACGGACGGCAUGCAGCUCUUUGACCGUAUUAGUACCGCCGGCUACAGUAUUCCAGAACUGCUGACGAAACUAGUGCAGAUUGAACGGUUAGAUGCUGUGGAGUCUCUCUGUGCAGAUAUCUUGGAGUGGGCGCAAGUGAUGCCUAAGCCUGAUCCAGUUAUAGCCUCAUGACGGGCAUCUUGGCGAUCUUCAUUUCCAAAAGGAUUUGUGGGAAAUACAGUACC